AUGGCGUACGUAAGCUCGAAGGCCAAUGUUGCAUGUAAUUUAUGCACGAAUGCCAGACAAGAGAUGUAUGAAAGGGUUCUCAUUAAUACAGGGAAAAAAGAAUUUGACGUUGCUGCCGAGAUCCAGUCACUUCCUUUCAGUGUUGUGAUUUACAGCAAAUACGCUUGCAGGGCUUGUGUCCAAAAGUUGAAGAAACGUCGGGCAAUUCUCACAACCUUAAAUGAUAUUGAAGGUUUUUUCAGGAAUUCAGCGUACAAAAGAUCAGCAGAUUUAGCAACUAUCGAAGAUCAAGAACCUACGGCUACAGUAUCAAAGAGGAUUUGUGAUGAAGCAACUGAGGUUUCACGUCGAACAUCAUCGCCAAUUCGCUCCAGUACAGGUGACAUUGCAAAUACAAAUAUCAUAACAUGGCCAGUCUCACCAGUUCUACAGAAGCGUGUUAGUAUUAAUGAAACCAGCAGUGAGAGUUUGGUUACAACGAAAACAGAAGUUCGUGUGAAGGUAUUGUUUUUAAUUUUUUUUUAA